AUGGCUUACCGUACUCAGGGGGACGAAAAAGAGAAGGCCAUCAAGGAUGCACAAGAGAGCCUUAAAAUCUUAGACGAAGCACUCAAAGGGAAGUUCUUUAAUGGCGAAACAAUUGGCCUUUUGGACAUCGUUGCAUGUGGAUUUUCUUUUUGGCUGCCUGUGGUAGGGGAAGCAGCUGGUAUAAAUGUUUUUGAUCCUGAAAUGUUUCCUCAUCUAAGUUCGUGGACUGAAGAAUUUACAAAGGUUGAAGUGGUGAAGGAGGUUUUUCCACCCUGUGAUAAGCUUCUUGCUGUCUUCAAAGCUUAUCACGACCAAAUCCUUGGCCAUAAGGAUUCUUCUACUUAG